AUGGCCGACGCCUCGGCCAAAGCGGCGGUCUUUGUCGCGAGCGAAGCCUACGACGGCACUCGCAUUCAAGGACCCGACUUCAACCACGCCCACGACCUCGAUCAACUGCUGCGGUCGUACCAGACGAUUGGGUUCCAAGCCCAUGGACUUUCGAGGGCGAUCGAAUUGAUCAACAAGAUGGUGCGUACCUUGACAGUAGCAUCCAGGCGCUCGCUCCGACUCGCGUGGGAGCCUAUCCAGCUGCGCAGCGGGAAUUUGGGGAGACAUGACUUAUCCAACAGACUUUGUUACGAAUUUCACCCAGAGGGCAUGGCGACUUUCGGACGAAAAGAUGGAUCCUGAUGCCCAAACGGAGGAACUGGAUCCCGAGAUUCGCGCCGCGACAAAGUGUCAAAUCUUCCUCGGUUACACCUCCAACCUCGUUUCGUCCGGUCUGCGCGAGAUCAUUCGUUUCUUGGUCCAACACAAGAUGGUCACGUGUCUCGUCACGACCGCGGGCGGGAUAGAAGAGGAUCUGAUCAAGUGUCUUGGUCCGACGUUCGUCACCCCCGGUGGGGAGUUCAAUCUUGAUGGAGCAGGGUUAAGGAGGAGGGGAUUGAACAGGAUCGGCAAUCUGUUGGUACCGAAUGACAACUACUGCAAGUUUGAGGACUGGGUCGUCCCGAUAUUGGACACGAUGGUCGCGGAGCAACAGGCCGGCCAAACCUGGACACCGAGCAAAGUGGUCAACCGGCUAGGCAAAGAGAUUGACGACGAGUCGAGCAUCCUGUAUUGGGCUUACAAGGUGCGUGAAGACUACCGAUAUGUCUUUGGUCUAUGUUAUUAAGAUUCCUUUAUUGCUCUACCAGAACGACAUCCCCGUCUUCUGCCCCGCUCUCACGGACGGAUCAUUAGGGGACAUGAUGUAUUUCCACUCGUGUACGUGCGCUAUUCCUAUAUACCCCUGACCCCCACUGUGCUAACCUUGUCUCGCGUCCUUCACCCAAACCAGACAAGACCGAGACACCCUUCGUUGUCGAUAUCGUCGGUGACAUUCGACGGCUCAACGACCUCUCGGUCAAGUCCAAGAAGGCAGGCAUGAUCAUCCUCGGUGGCGGUGUGUGCAAGCACCAGAUCGCGAAUUCGAUGCUUUUCGUACGUGAUCCUCACUGGGGCCCUUUUUUCCUCGCAUCUUUAUGUUGAUGGGAGACUUUAUUUCGUAUUUAGCGAAACGGAGCCGAUUACUCCGUCUACAUCAACACGGGACAAGAGUUCGACGGAUCCGAUUCUGGCGCAAGACCGGACGAGGCUGUCAGUUGGGGCAAGAUCAAAAUCGACGGUGAGAGCGUCAAAGUGUGAGUCCUCUUCGUUUUCGGAAAGGAUCUUUCGAACUUGAUGCUGACAUUCACAAAGUUUUGAGCUGUGUUUUAGAUACGCCGACGCGACCCUCGUCUUUCCCUUGAUCGUCGCCGCGACGUUCGGCAAAGCGCACUGGGACGCCCAACGACAAGCGUGA